GACAACGCCCAUGGCUCUAAAUUUAGUACUCAAGAGGAUAAUGUCUUGUCCCAUUAUUGAGUGCCGUUUAGCUGUCAAAGACACCAACACAUACAAAGUGCGUAUAGCAGCCUCCUCGAAGUAAUGCCAGCACUUUUCUCCGCCAAAGUUGAUUUCACGCACAAUUACGCUCACAAACCGUGGAUACCAUACAUUCUAUCACAGUCUGCCCAGAAACGACCAAGAUGGCCAAAAAGAACCACCAAAAGAAUAAUAAUUAUAAGCAGCCCUCGGCACAGCCGACAGGCAAACAUCAGAAUAGACAGCGUUCAUCACAUCCUGCAAAACCCUUCGAUAAUCAGCCUACUAAUAGACCAAACCCCACAAAUCAAUUCUCCCAGUGUCAAAUCUGUGGCAAACUGCAUAAAGGUACAUUCCUUCCCUUCUGCCAUCCCAGGCGUGAGAAGCUUUACUAAUCAUCGAGCAGGUGAGUGCCGGUACAAGAACGCACCUAGACAGCCACAACCCACAAACAAUUGCUCAUAUUGUGGUAAGAAGGGCCAUGACGAAAGUGUGUGUUAUAAAAAGAAUCCGAACAAAAGGCAGAAUAACCCUGCCAGGAUAUCGUUCACACAGAAAUCAUUGACAAUGACGGUCAGACGAGAGGGCCGUUGGGAGAUGCCAUUAGACUGCCAGCGCGAGAGAGGCCAAAGUGCAGUCUCAUUUCCCUUGAGACUUGCCGGAACAAUGGCACUCCCUCCACAGGAAUAUGGAUUGACUUCAAACGCAUGGUUAGAAGACUCUGAUCAUGACGCUAUAAUGUGUCUCCACGAUUGUAGGUCAGGGGGCAACUUCUGCUGCAGACGUUUUGCGGUCAAGUGCGCGAACCAGCUGAAGCAAGGCACUCGACACCUGCAUCCGGGGGUCACUAAUCCAGAGCAAGCGAGACUUGUCAUCUCUCAACGGGACGAGGAAGCCCUUCGGCAGACGAUGAGCUCCUACGGUGUACCGAGCAAUGGCUUCGGACAGCCAAUGUUGAUGGACAUAGAUGAGGUGUACUAGUAGGUCGUCCAGCGAUGUCUGGAUUCUUGGCGUUCUCGUGGCUUAUUAGUCGGCCACUUCCACAAAAUUGGCGUAAUGACAUGCAGCUGGGACAAGCUACCCAUCUGUGAGGUAUCGAGGGUGGUGUGUAAAAAUUUCCUUAGACUGUAGACAGCCCACAGUAUUAUAUUAUUCAUUGAAAUUUUGUUGUUCAUGUGAGGGAGUCUAUG